AUGAAGACUGCUUUAAUUUUGCUCAGCAUUUUGGGAAUGACCUGUGCUUUCUCAAUGAAAAAUACGCAUCGAAGAGCCAAAUUAGAGGAUUCUGAAGAAAAUGGGGUCUUUAAGUACCGGCCACGAUAUUCUCUUUACAAGCAUGCCUACUUUUAUCCUCCUCUAAAACGAUUUCCAGUUCAGAGCAGUAGUGACUCAUCUGAAGAAGAUGGAAAUGGUGACAGCUCAGAAGAGGAGGAAGAAGAGGAGAAUUCAAAUGAAGAAGAAAACAAUGAGGAGAAUGCAAAUUCUGAUGAAAACGAAGAUGAAGAAUCUGAGGCUGAGAACACCACCCUUUCCACCACACCUGGCUAUGGAGAGGAGACCACACCUGGAACAGGGUACAUAGGUCUAGCUGCAAUGCAACUUCUCAAGAAGGCUGGGGAUAGAGGACACAAGGCUACAAAAGAGGAGGAGAGUGAUGAAGAAGAGGAAGAUGAAGAAAAUGAAGCAGAAGUGGAUGAAAACGGGCAAGGCAUAAAUGGCACCAGCAGCAACAGCACAGAGGCAGAAAAUGGCAAUGGCAGCAGUGAUGGAGACAAUGGAGAAGAAGGUGAAGAAGAAAGUGUCACUGAAGCCCACGCAGAAGGAACCACAGUGGCUGGAAAGCAGGACAGUGGUGGCUCGAAGACAACAACCUCUCUAGAUGGUGGGUUUGAACCCACGACUCCACCACUAGAGCUCUACGGGACUACCACCCGACCAUCUGGGGAAGCCACCCCCACCGGGUAUGAGGGAGAGUACGAACAAACAGGCACUAAUGAAUACGACAGUGGGUAUGAAGUCUAUGAAAAUGAAAAUGGGGCACCUCGCGGGGAUAAUUACCGAGCCUAUGAGGAUGAGUACAGCUACUACAAAGGGCACAGCUACGACGGCUACUACGAUGGUCAAGAUUACUCCGACCGCCGCCAGUGA